ACUGUCAGCGCUGUUUGUCUUCACUGUGAAACCCUGUGGCGGCGCAUCUGAUGGCGAUUCACGCGUGGACUCAACGAAACACGGCGCUAUUCGGACCGUUUGGGUGUUUCAGUGAUAAACACCGCAUGUGAUCUUCACGAUGAAGGUCUGUCAGCUUUCACAUCUGCUUUAAAAUGACCUCUGUGAAGUGAAGGAGAACCGGAGAAAAGUUCAUCUGAGGAACUUCACGCGCAUUAGCGAGCGGCGCUAGCUCACUUUAAACGACACUUUUUUAACAUCCAAACGCUGUUUAAUUCAUUCAUAAUGAAGAUGUAACGAUAUGUAAAUAGUAUUUAUAGUCACUUUUACAAUGACUACGUUUUAAGUUUAGCUGUUGUUCGUGUUUAGUGCGGUGUUAGCUUGAGAGUUGCUAACUUAGCUGUUUCUGUCAACUACCUCUUUAGUCAGGGCAUGCUGGUUUCAUGAAUAUUUUACGUUGAUUUAUACACGAAAUAGAAACAGUAUUGCGAUUUAUUGCUGUUUAUGUCAUCUGAAAAGAUUGUUCAGAAAGUUUUUUUCCUCAAAGUUGACUCACUUUGUCCACGGACGUUUUUCUGAGGAAAUGCAAAUAUACACAAAUGCUAUUUGUUAACAUACAGGAAGAUUAUACAGCGAAAUAAAAUAUAAAUGCUUAAGUUUUAACCCAUGUUAAAGUCAACUUUUGUGUCAGAGCAAACUGUUGCGAUCUUUUAUGUGACGUCAUAGGGGGACGCAUUCUCCAUCGCUCUCCAUGCUGUUAAACAUUUAUUAUAUAUUUUAUCCUACGUGUUGCUAACAAUUGAAACUGUUUAAAGUUAGUUUACACACAUAGCUGUUCAACAAGGUUACUAGCAUUACAUUUCCUUUCAUUUUGAAUGAUUUAGUAUCAAUAAGCUACAAAAAAAACAUGUCUGUGUAUUCAAAACUGCCCUCGCAGCUGCAGAAGCCUCUUGCAAGAAAGGCCAUUCUCCUCCUGGUUGCUCUGUAUGGGGCCAAAAAACUUUCCCCUUAUAUAUAUGGCAGACUAAAAGGAAAGACUAGUACACAACAAAAAGCCUCUGACCCGGUUACCUCCAACGGAGAAGCCCUCGAAGUUGCGGAGGCGAGGAAAAAGAAAAGAGGUCCAGCUGUGAACCGGGAAUUCUUGGAGAGGUUAAGUCAUCUCUUGCGAAUACUCUUUCCCCGUUUUUUCUGCAAAGAACUCAUCCUGCUCGGUUUCCACUCUCUCGCCCUCAUCUCGCGCACUUUUCUGUCCAUUUACGUGGCAAACCUAGAUGGCCACAUCGUGAAAACCAUUGUGAAGAAAGACCCGAGGGCGUUUGUGGUGGAGUUAGCCAAAUGGCUGCUCAUCGCCAUUCCCGCAACUUUCGUUAACAGUGCCAUACGAUAUUUGGAGGGUCAGCUCAGUUUGGCCUUUCGCACCAGGCUGGUCACCCAUGCCUACAUGCUGUAUUUCAGCGAUCAGACAUACUACCGCGUCAGCAACAUGGACGGCAGGCUGGCGAACCCUGACCAGUCCUUGACGGAAGAUAUGGUCAUGUUUGCGGCCUCUGUGGCCCAUCUGUACUCAAACCUUACCAAGCCCAUUCUCGACGUGGUGGUGACUUGUUACACGCUUCUGAAAACCGCUGAAUCGAAAGGUGCCAACACUACAUGGCCCUCAAUGAUAGCUGGGAUCGUGGUGGCGCUCACUGCCAAGGUCCUGCGAGCUUUCUCGCCUCGCUUUGGCAAACUGGUGGCUGAGGAAGCGAGGAGAAAAGGAGACCUGAGAUACAUGCAUUCACGCAUUAUCGCCAAUUCGGAGGAGAUCGCCUUCUAUGGUGGUCAUAAGAUCGAGAUGUUGCAGCUGCAGAGGAGCUACACGGCGCUGUCCGAGCAGAUUAACCUGAUACUGUUUAAGAGGUUGUGGUACGUCAUGUUGGAGCAGUUCCUCAUGAAGUAUCUCUGGAGUGCUUCAGGUCUGGUUAUGGUCGCUGUGCCCAUCAUCACUGCUAUUGGAUACUCUAAAUACGAUUCAGAAGAUGUGAAGCAGGCAGCAUUGGUGAUGAAGGAGGAGGAUUUGGUAAGCGACCGCACGCAGGCCUUCACCACAGCCCGAAACCUUCUGAACGCUGCAGCUGACGCUGUAGAGAGGAUCAUGAGCUCGUACAAGGAGGUCACAGAACUUGCUGGAUAUACGGCCCGUGUGCAUGAGAUGUUUGCCGUAUUUGAGGAUGUGCGUGUCGGGGUGUACCGGCGCUCGGCUGCAGAGAUAAAACCAGAAACGAGCGGAGCCCAAGAAGUAAAACACGGCGUGAGAGUGGAGGGAGCGCUGCAGAUCAGAGGUCAAGUGAUUGAUGUGGAGCAGGGCAUCAAAUGUGAAAACCUGCCCAUAAUAACCCCAACAGGAGAUGUGGUGGUAUCCUGCCUGAACAUCCAGGUUGAAGAAGGAAUGCAUUUGCUGAUCACAGGACCCAAUGGUUGCGGUAAAAGCUCUCUGUUCAGAAUCCUGAGCGGACUAUGGCCGGUUUACAGCGGCGUUCUCUACAAGCCUUCACCUGAGCACAUGUUUUACAUACCUCAAAGGCCUUACAUGUCAGUGGGAAGCCUGCGAGAUCAGGUCAUUUAUCCUCAUUCUGUUGAAGAGAUGAAUGAGAAAAACAUCACAGACAAACAUCUGGAGGACAUCCUUAAAACUGUGAACCUCUGCUACAUCCUGGAAAGAGAAGGAGGGUGGGAUGCAGUCAACGACUGGAAGGAUGUGUUGUCUGGAGGAGAGAAGCAGAGGAUGGGCAUGGCCAGGAUGUUUUACCACAAACCCAAAUACGCUCUCCUGGACGAGUGCACGAGCGCUGUGAGUAUUGAUGUGGAAGGGAAAAUCUUUGAAGCUGCAAAGGAUGCUGGGAUUGCGCUACUGUCUAUUACACACCGCCCUUCUCUCUGGAAGUACCACUCCCACCUGCUGCAGUUUGACGGCGAGGGCGGCUGGCGCUUCGAGAAGCUGGACGCCUCCACGCGUAUCUCCCUGCAAGACGAGAAGCUCCGGCUGGAGACGCAGCUCUCGGGAAUUCCCAAGAUGCAGCAGCGCCUGGUGGAGCUGUGCCGCAUUCUGGGGGAGGACAGCAGCCUGCCGAGCACGGAGGAGGUGGAGGAGAGAGAGCAACAGCAGGAGGAGGAUGAGGAGGGAGAGGGGAUGUCUGCUGCUGGAAAAGGCAAAGGCCUUAUGGAGUGAUUAGCAGACAGAUGUAUUCAAGGCCAGGUGUGUGUGGUUUUGUGUGUCGCAUAGAUGGAGUCAAUUAUGUUUCUCAAAUAGGCUUCGGGAAUCAAGGUCUGGUUUCUUUUAUUAAAAGCAAACAAAAAACAAUCAAGCAGAACACUGUAGUAAAAUAUUUAUAACGCACAUCGGAGACGUUUUGAUGAUGAUCUGCGUGCAUCUUUCGUCUCUCUUUUUCCUUUUUGAUUAAAGUAACGCACAUUCUCGUGGUAGAAGCUAUAUGAUGCUGUUUUUGCUGAAGUCAGUGUUGGGUGUAACUAGUUACUAAGUAAUUAGUUGCUGUUAUUUAAUUACUUUUUUCCUUGAAAAAGUAAAGUAAGGGAUGACUUUCCAGUAAUUUAAUUACAGUUACUACUGAUGUAGUUGAGUGUAAAACAAUUAAUACAUUAUAAUACAAUAGUGGAUUUAACAUCAACGUUAAAAUGCAUGUUUUUUAUGUAUCUUUAUCACUUUAAAGAUGACAUAUUAUGAAAAUUUGACUUGUCCAUGUUUAAGUGCUAUAAUUGGGUCCCCAGUGCUUCUAUUAACCUAGAAAAUGUGAUAAAGAUCAACCCAGUAACUUAGUUUUGUUAAAGCAUUUUCUGCAAGUGUGUGAAAAAAUAGCUCAUAAAAAUAAGAUCCCCUUGUGAUGACAAAUUUUAAUAAUACCGCCCCUUAAUCUGCACUAUCCAACCAAUGCUAUUUAAUGCAGAGAGGGAAAAAAAUUGACAGCAGAAUUUCAACAAACCACCAUCAAUGCGAUCAGCUCAUUUGCAUUUUAAACCCAAAAAUGGCAAAUUUUUGCUCAUACCUACAAAGUAGCAAUGUUAAAAUGCUUUAAUAAAUGAUCUAUUAUCUGAUAUUUUGAGCUAAAACUUCACAUAUUUACUUUAAGGACACCAAAGAUUUAUUUUACAUCUUAAAAAAGUCUUAUAAUAUGACCCCUUUAAAUACUUUGGUGAGUUUUACACAGACAUUAAAACCCAGUCUCACGGAGUUGCGUAUAAGUAGCACGAAGUGUAAAAAUCCUUCCCAUUCACUCAAACGGCGCAUCUUUUUUUGUCGUUUUAUUUAUUGGUUUCUAAAUUUUUUGCUAUUUUUUAUUAUUUAUAACAACUUUUUGUUAUAGAAAACUGACCCAAACCCCAAUCCUUACCCCAACUCAAAGCGACCAUGGCUUAAAUGUAGACAAAAACACGGAGAAAGCUGUAUAUUAAAUGACCUCCUUAAGCAAAUCUGAAAUCUAACCCUAAACUCAAGCGAAAAUGGUUUAAAAACAGAAAAAAAUUGAGAAAGCAAUAAAUAAAACGACAAAAAAGAUGCGCCGUUUAAGUUAAUGGGAAGGACUGGCGUAUCAUAUGCACGCAUGCAUGUAUUAGGGCUGGGCAAAAAAAUCGAUUUUUCGAUUAAUCAUUUUUUUCUGUGGUUGAUUCAAAAUCGAUUCUCAGAGGCCAGGAAUCUUUUUUUUAUUUCCGCAAACAUUGACCGGAAGAUUAACGUCUAUCUAAUUCUAAAUCUAAUUACUAGUCUUCUCCACUAGAUGUCACCCUUUUUUUGCCUUGCGCGAUGUUACCAAGGAGCGAGAGGCGAGCCUGUCAUUUAUUUAUUCAUUCAUUCAUUCAGUCUAUAUUCUAAUAUAUUAUAAUAUAAUAUUCUAUAUAAUCUAUAUUCAUUGAAUUGAAUCGAGAAUCGGGUAUAAAAAUCGAGUUGAGAAUCGAAAUCAAAUUGAUUUGAUAGCUUGUGAAUCGAAAUCGAAUCGAUCUGGAACAUCUGAAUCGAUACCUAGCCCUAGUAUGCAUUGCACAAUUUUUCCACUUCGUGCUAUUUAUCCGCAUCUACACGAGACUGGGUAGGACAUUACAGAAAAUGCACCCAGGUUUUAUUUUUGGUUCAUUCACACUGCCAAUGACUAUCUGGAAUCUGUACUUGUGUUCACACAUAUCGUAAAGAUCCCAUAAAAAUAUGUCACGUAUUUAAAGUCCUGCACUUGGUAGGUUUUUUAUCCACAGUUUGCAUAUAACGGGUAUUUCUAUGGCCAGAAACAUUUUUCACGUGCAUUUUUGUUUAUGAUAAGAUUCUAGAGGAGCGCGUGAUUCUAGUAUGCUAGUGGAUAUUUGUCGAGCUCCAUGAUCUCUGCUUCAUUCCAGUUUGCAGACAUUUCUCAUCGUGAUUGUUAAUUUGCAUUUAAAACCCCCCUUUUAAAGAGCUGAACGAUAUAUCUUGUUGCAAUGAUGCAUGGGAAUUUUUGUUUAUUAUAAGCUCAUAUGAGCGCAUGACGCGUUGUUUUUUUAUGCUGUUGAAUGACUACGGAACGCCCAUUACCGCAUUGUUUCUGUUUCUUGUUCACACAGAGGCUUUUUGGGAACAUAGACUGUAAAAAAAGAUGGACGACGCGACGUCGCCUCCCUCUAUUGUAAUGAAUUGAAGCCAAAAAUGUCCAACCAUGGUCGCCGCCAUGUUACGUAAAACAUCAGCUUGGAUGCAAAAUUACUAGCUAAAAUAAAACGCAUCACAAAAAAGAACACUUGAACAUAUAUCAGCGUGAUAUCAACUACCUGAAAGGACCAAAACCAUCUUUCGGAAACUUUUAUUGGAAGUGUAAAUAAUUUUUUUUUUUUUAGAGCAGAGUCUCAUUCGUUUGAAUGAAGAGGGCGGGGUUUAUGACUUGUACUGCUGUCAGCCACCAGGGGGCGAUCAAAGAGCCAGAGGCUUCACUUUUCAAGACUUAUGAGGCACACACGUUAGGUCCUCUUUUCGGGAGCGAUCCCAAAACAUUUACAGGACGUGUUUGAGUUCACACACAAGUUUGUCUGGCAAUUUUACGGUUAUUUUCUGGGACCAAAAGGCUGUGUGAAUGAGGUAUAAUGAUAACAUUCGAGUGCAGUUUCCAAUUCUCACUAUUAACUAGUUGUUAUUAGCAUUAAUAUUACUGAGAUAUUGGCUGUUUAUUCAUUCUUAAAAAGCACAUAUUAAUGCCUGAUUCUGUAAAACCUUAUUCUACAUCCUUAUUUCUACCCAAUCCCUUAACUUAACAACUACUUUACUAAGUAGUAAUUAAGAGUAAAUUGAGGCAAAAAUAGUUAAAAAUGAGAAUUGGACCUUAAGAAGUGUGAACAGAAUAAUUUAUUUACUUUCAUAAGAUUUAUUCAAGUCGUUUCAAAUCUAUCUUUCUAUCAUUUACUAAUUAGUAAUAAGUUAUUAAAUACUUUUUGGAGAGAGUAAUUUGUACAGUAAUCUAAUUGCACGAUUGAAGAUGUAAUUAGUAACUAUUAAUUAAUUACUUUUUUGAGUAACUUACCCCAACACUGUGCAGAAGCAUAUUCAAAUACAAGAUAAAGGUUAGGAAAAAAUAACAAAGUAACUGGUUACAAUAAUAGUAAACACCAAGAAUUAUAUUAUUCAUUUCUUCUUAUUUUGAUUUCUAUAAAUCUAAAAUUAUUUCAUAAUUUGACUGCAGGCUUUUGUGGAUCUGUUCUCUAAAUGUUCCUUUGAAGAGUUUGGUUCCAAAACCAGAUAACUGUUUUUAAUUAAUUUUGUCAAAACAUGUUUAUUAUUUUGUUAUCGUGUUUUAUUGUGCCACUUAGUUAUGAAGGCUUAAAUCAACCAAUUGCAGUUUGAUUGAUAUUAAUUUGAAUGCACAAUCAAAAAACAAGAUUUUUGAAAAAUUUAAUUGUCUAGUUUUGGAACCAAACUCUUAUUUUAUUCUGCAUCAUAGUUACUUUGUGAAACCGAACAUUUAGGUAGUAUCAGAACCGGAAUUUAGUUGAAUCCCGUAUGAUUCCCAUCACUUAGUUUCUAGACAUAAAAAGCACAACAGGGAAGUUUGAGCUUUUGUUAGCUGUACAAAGACAAUGCAUUAAGUGAGCGCGUGUGUGUGUUUGUUUACUGUAUAUGUGCGUGUGUAUGUGUUUUAAAGGGAGGGUGAGCGAUACGAGACAGCUGCCAGCAUGAGCAGGUGCGACUGUUGAUGAAAGCACCUAUGAAAGCCGUUCCUUUGGCUUGUUAUCGCUGUUCUCUGAAGGAUUCUCUGGAAAUCUGUGGGACCUGUGCGUCAGUGUUUGUCUUUAGGGAAAAGUGCGAGUGAAGUUUGAAGCUCUUAUUCUUCUGUGUCUACUGUGCACUUACGCAUCGAUGGUAGAUGCUGUAGUUGAAAUCCGUGCCAUGUUUUACUGCAAAAAAAUUCUUCGGUAUAUAUGAUGAUAUAACCGUAGUUGUUUCAAUUAUAGAUAUGAACUAUUAUUGCAUGUAUAUUGCCGUUUCACCCUAUAGAAAGCUCUGUCUAAAAGAUUUGUUUUGUGGGUGUUGAAAGAACCAUGUCAGAGUGGGAAUCCAGAAAAUUGGAUUUCCAAAAGCACAGCUGCCAGCUGGAUUGCCGAAUUGGGUUUUUAAAAACCUUUUUGACAUCUUUAAUGGCUGUCUAUAUUAGUUUGUUGAAUUUAUCUUAGUUUUGAGGUGCACAAUAGUGUUCACAAGCACUUACAUGUGAAUCAGAAAAUGAUGCAUGCAAAAAAUUAUUUGUGUUAACAAUUCUAAACAAUCAGUGCAUAGCACCUUACAAGCAAAUAAAAAUGUAAUUUUCUAUCUUUUAUUUUCAUAAGAUAGACAUCAAAUCUCUAAUUUUGACUUUUAGAGGAAAUAGUUUUUCUUAAAAAAGUUUAAUGUUUUAUUUUGUAGAAAAAGUCUGAUUUUGAAAUAACCAAGGGCUUCAUUUUGUUAGUUUGAACACAGUGGUGAUGUCAUCGUUACAUCACUUUCCUUUAGCCCAAAGUGAUGCCAUCUGAAAUAUUGUUUUUCUUUAUUUUAAGGUGAUGACCACUAUAGUAAAUCUAAACAUGAAUGAGACUCAUCUUGCACUUUCUUCAAAGUGUCCUUAGCAUUUCACACUUUUUAAUAACAUUUCAAAAAGUAUGACUUAAAAAAGUCAGUCACUUGAAAGAUGUUUGAUGAUUGUAAAUCUGUGCUGUAAGAAUGACCUUAAAAAUGAAAAUAUCCCAGUUCACAAUUUGUAUGACAUUGAAUUUUGUUGUUUCUGUGUCUUUAAAUUAAUGUGACAUUUGCACGGAACGUUUAAAGCCUGAAUCUUUACAUUGCAAUGGUUAGUUAUUUCAAACUAAUAUCUUACCUUUCCUAACAUAAAUGUUUUUGAUUUCUUUAGGUUUGAUACAAAUUAAAAAUUGCAAUGUAAUUGAUUUCCAUUAUUAUUGUACCCUUUGCACAUUUGCCAGAAUGAUAAAAAAAUGCAAUUUAAUAAAACAUUUCCAAAACUC